CGCUCUGUCAUCAUGCGCGAGUGCGACUCUGAGGUUAACUCCAGUCAUAACAAAACAAGAGGUGGUUUCCUUAUUCUCCCCGAGUAUUUACAACUUUAGACUUUACACUUGAAACGUGCUCUGCGCAGGCGUGAGAGGACGGUGCAGUAAAAGAGAGUGGCACACAGAGUCAUGACUGAUAAUAGCGCAGUGUCAGUGCUGGAGCGUCUUCCUGAGCAUUAGUAAACUGAAAGCAGAGACUGAGGUAACGUUAGGAACGACAACUCAAUUUAACAGUGAACCAUGUCAAAACCGGGCACUGACGGGGGGCCGUCCCAGAGUGGGGCGAGGCGGUUCAUCAGUGGAGUAGUGGAAGGUUUUUAUGGGCGGCCAUGGACUAUGGAGCAAAGAACAGAUCUGUUUAAAAGAGAACAGAAGUGGGGUUUGAACACGUACCUCUACGCCCCCAAGGAUGACUACAAACACAGGAUGUACUGGAGGGACUUGUACUCUGCCGAGGAGGCCGAACAACUCAUUGCCCUGAUAUCAGCAGCUCAACAGCACGACGUAGAGUUCAUCUAUGCAAUCUCUCCUGGCUUGGACGUUACUUUUUCCAACCCCAAAGAGGUUGCUGCCCUGAAGAGGAAACUGGAUCAGGUGAGGUCAUUUGGCUGCCGGUCUUUCUCUUUAUUGUUUGACGACAUCGAGACUGAGAUGUGUCCAGCCGAUAAGCAGGCCUUCAGCUCCUUCGCCCACGCUCAGGUGGCCAUUACUAACGCAGUGUACCAGCACCUGGGAGAGCCUGAGACCUUCCUCUUCUGUCCUACAGAUUACUGUGCUGCAUUCUGUACUCCCAGUGUGUCCCAGUCCUCUUACCUGCACACUGUGGGUGAGAAGCUGCUGCCUGGGAUCGACAUACUGUGGACUGGUCCCAAAGUGGUAUCCCACAAAAUAUCUGUUGAGUCCAUAGAAGAGGUGUCCUCCGUCCUGAAGAGGGCACCAGUCAUCUGGGACAAUAUCCACGCCAACGACUAUGACCCCCAAAGGCUUUUCCUCGGACCCUUUAAGGAUCGUCCCACCGAGCUGAUUCCCAAACUGAGAGGAGUGCUCACCAACCCCAACUGUGAGUUUUACCCAAACUUUGUGGCUAUCCACACCUUGGCAACAUGGUGUAAAGCAACCACUGAAGGAGGACAGAGGGAUGUGGAAAUGGGUGAUGAGGAGCAGGACCCCUGCUACAGCCCCCAAAGAGCCCUGAUCAUGGCCCUCACUGACUGGCUGCAGGAGUUUAUGAGCACCGACCAACCUGGAGCUCGUCUCAGGAAAGAGGCGUCAGAUGAGGAGCCCAUGCAGACUGAUAUGGGAGAGAGCGCCUAUGUUCCUGGACCUGGGGAGAACCGGCUGUACACAGCAGAGCCCCUGACCCUGGAUGACCUGAAGCUGCUGUCCGAACUCUUCUACCUACCGUACGAAUACGGGCCGACAGCCAGGACCAUGCUGCAGGAGCUGGACUGGCUCAGGAACCACAGUCCGGCCGCCACUGAACAGACGGACAAGACAGCAGAGUGGUGCUCCAGAGCGCAGCAGUUCGAUGACAUGUGCGAGGCCGUGGUGCAGAUGUUCAAUCGUCUCUCAAAUGCCCCAAACCGCAGCAUUCUGUACGACCUCUACAACUACAUCUGUGACAUUAAGAGUGGGGUCGGUCUGGCUCGAGCCUAUGUGAAAACACUAGGAGGGCAGGGUCAGCCCUCAGCCCAGCUAAUGAACAAUGAUCCUGAGCCCUGGGGCUUCAGAGGUGGCCUCUCUGGAGAGUUCCAGAGAAUGCUGCCCUGUCACGGAAACAGGGACCUCUUCAGACAUCCUCCCACGACGGCUGUUUACUGCAUACGGCCGUACUGCCCCGAUGACAAGAUGGAGGUGCAAAGGAUUUUCAGGGAGAUGCAGAGAGCAGGAGAGGGCAAAGUGCCCCUGAUGACGCAGCCUCCACGCAUCUGUGAUGGCCUGUCAGCAGGUGAAGUCUCACCUUCCCCUCACUGUGCUCUUGUCCUGGAAGAUGACACUGGGAUGUGUGGUUACGCCCUGGCACUAACUGAUGCCAAACCAGCAGCAGCCAAGAUUCAGAGGGCAGUAGGUGACUCAAUGUUUGAGGACUUCCCCUCCCUGGUUACCAUGCAAGUGCUGCCCAGGGUCACUGAUCCCUCUCCAGCAAAGCGCAUGAUUGGUCAGCUGUUGUCCUCCAUUAGGAGCAGUGGUUCCAGAGGAGCGUUCUGUGAGCUGAGGCAGAGCGAUCGGAGGAUGCUCGACUUUUACACAAAACUGGGCUCCUUUAAACCAAUAAACACGGCUGGUCUACCUCAAGACAUCAUUGCCAUGGGAACAGGCCUGUGAGCAAGAUCAAUCACAGGGAUUUCCCUCAGGUUUGAAAUGUUUUGACAUACAACUGUGAGAAUAACUGCAAAGUUUACAGCAUGCCAAACUAAAAACCGCCGCCAUUAUUAAUCAAUUAACAUCAUUAGUUGUGUAAUUUGGUGAUAAUCACCAUUUGCCAAUGUCCUCCUACAUUAGUCAAGAAAUGCUUAAUAAAAUGUGUGGAACAAAGUACUGCAUCAUGUGAAGUGUAAUGUAACACUGAUUUUAUAGACAUAAAAAUUUGAAAAUAUAUAAAUUUUUAGAUAAUUGUUGUUAAACCCAGCACAAUAAAUAUGUUAACA